AUGAGAAACCAGGUCGACGACACGCGCAACAAUUUGGACAAACGGACGGCGCGGACGCGGCAUGCCGAAUGGUUCAAGAAAGGAAUCAACCAACUUCGCACCGAGUACCUUGCGCGCGCGCCUGUGGAUCCUCAGCCGUUCCUGCAUGCGGUACAAGUGUUCGCUCGAAUCCGCCCAAUGUUGGAGCAUGAAGUCAGACGAGGAGAGUACACGACGAUUUCAUGCGUGGGUCAAAGCACGGUGGCCGUCCACAAUUGCCUCAUGAAGCCAGAUAUGGUGCACAAGUACAUUGACACCCAUGCGCAUGAGUUCAGUCGAGUGUUUGACGAGUCCACGCCGACGUCGACCGUCUACGAAGUCGUCGCGCAGCCGCUCGUGCAGCAUGUCCUUUCUGGUGGCGAGUCGGUCUGCAUGAUGUACGGGCAAACCGGGUCAGGGAAGACGCACACCAUGACGGGGUUCCUUACCGACAUGGGACGGGAUCUCAUGGCGCUGUCCUCGUCCAUUGAAAUGACGGCGGUGGAAUUGGUCGGGUCCAAGUGUGUGGAUUUGCUGCACGACCGCAAAAAGGUGCUCAUCUGUGAAUCCGAGGAAGACCAAACCAUCCACUUGGUGCAUUCCGCGUCCAAAGUCGCCACGUCCGUGCCGGAACUGCUCGCGCUGUUCCAUGAAGCCGUGAGCCGCCGCGCCACCGAGUCGACGCAGGCAAACACAGUGUCGUCUCGGUCGCAUUUGAUUGUGUUUUUGAAACUCGUGGGCGCGGGCCCGCCCUCCGAUGGCGGGCAGAUGGUGCUCUUGGAUCUCGCGGGCAGUGAGCGCAAGGAAGAUCAAUACACAAACGACAAGCAGCGCCAACAAGAAACGAUUGAGACCAACAUGAGCCACUUGGCACUCAAGCAAUGCCUCUUGGCCAAAGAACAGAACGGACACGUGCCAUAUCGCAACAGCGCCCUCACGCGCAUCCUCAAGAACAGCCUCUGGGCCACGCACAAGGCGUGUCAAGCGGCGAUUGUCGUCACGGCGUCGCCGAUUCCAGCCGACACGGAGCACACGCUUUGCUCGUUGGUGAACGCCCGCCGAAUGGUCGAAGUGAACCCGACGGUGGCGCAGUCGGUGCUGGAGAUUGUCGAAACCAGCGACGCGAGGCAGGUCAAGCUGUUCAAGACGUUCUCCCACGUUGAAAUCCAAGCGUGGCUGGGCCGAGUGUCCAAGGGGGCUCUUCAAGCGUACGUGGACAACAUCAAACCAGCCAUCACGGGCGCCGCCAUGCUCCGGCUUCCUCCGGCACGACUUGCGCAACUGUGCAAUGGACACACGGGCCACGCCAAGCUGCUCCAGCACGCGAUCAAGGAAGUCAUAGCCAAAGAGCAAGAGGACAAGGCGAGAGAGAGGGACAUGCGGCGGGCUAAUCACGCCAAAAAGUAG